AUGUGGUGGCCGGGCAUGGACUCUGAGAUUGAGCGUCAGGUUCAAGACUGUGUCAUCUGCCAGGAAAACAGAAGGCUUCCGGCGAAGGCUCCCGUACCUCAUUUCGAAGAGGCUUCUCGACCGUGGCAGGUCCUUCACUUGGACUUUGCGGGACCAGUGAAAGGCUUCAUGCUGCUUGUAGUGGUGGACUCAUUUACGAAGUGGCUUGAAGUGAGGAACGUGCACUCAGCUUCGUCGAUGACUGUAAUCCGAGAGCUGAGGUGGAUCUUUUCCACCUUCGGUAUCCCUGAAAAGAUAGUUUCGGACAAUGGUACGCCUUUCGUUUCCGCUGAAAUUCAGGACUUCUACAAGAGCAAUGGUAUUACCCUGGUGACUAGUGCACCAUAUCACCCGGCAACCAAUGGCCUGGCGGAGAGAAUGGUUGCCGAGGUAAAAACGGCGCUUCGGAAGUAUACUCAAGGGUCGAUUGAGUGUCGACUGGCUCGUUUUCUUUUCAAACAGCAUUCAACUGUCAGCGCCAGCACAGGGGAGACACCAGCUGUUCGGAUGUUUGGACGAGAGUUUCCUUCGAGUCUGGACUUGCUUCGUCUUAAAAGGAGAACAGCGUACGAAGACAGGAAUUUGUCAAGAGCCAGAACAUUGGCACCGCAGCAGAGGGUCUGGAUACGCAAUUUUAAUGGCACCCCGGCCUGGAUACCAGGGAAACUUGUUGAGCGUCAUGGGCUGCGAUCAUGGAUUGUCGACACAGGAACAAGACUGCAACGCAGACAUCUCGACCACAUCAGACGGGCGGCAAGGGAACCUGAGGUGGAACAUGCCCAGCAAGAAAUCCACAUAUCUCCGGCCACAGCCUGGGGAGCUCUACAAAGUCCAGAUACGGUUAUAGACGAGGAUUCCACGGAUUCUUCCCGUGUGGCCGUAAUACCCACAAGGAAUCGUGAAACAGUGCGUGACUAUCCUACAAGAGCUCGGAAGCCUCCGGGUUGGAUGAAGGACUACGUUUUCGCCUAG